GCGGACUGCCGCGGACUGCUAGAUGUUUUGAUGUGGUAGUGUAGAUUUUAUAAUCUUUUCGACUGGUCAUCGUUAAAGGCCGUGAAGGAUGGAUGAAGAGGACCUAGAAGAAAUGAGGGCCCUUAGAGGUGAGAGCCAUAAACGAUGAUUUCAUAUACAUUAUACUUGAGUGUAAGAAAAUAGAAAUCUACUACAUAUAUAAUGCACUCUAAACAGACGUUAUAAGAUCGUUGCAAAUUCGUGACUGUCAUUUCAAAGUUCAAGCCUUCUUUGUGAUUGAUCUUCCUUUAGCUUCUUCAAGAUAUAGCCAAGCUCAAUCACAUAUUCAUACUUUUCGCCCGGCUCGCAAUCGACCGACAGACACAGUCACCCGCAGUUCAGGAGAAUCGACUACAGCCCUGCCAACUUCAUCCACAAGUUCUUCAGCAAAAAGAGGUAUGAAAAGCUUUUUUAGUUCAUGUACUACAUGUAUCGAGAGUUUUGACCUGUUUUUUGUAUAGUCUGUGACGUUUGCUGCAUUAGCUAUAUUCCUGAUGGUGAAAUUGAAAAAUAGUUGGUUAACUUUCUUGUUUUGCAUGCAUAGUAGCCACCGUUUUUUCAGGACUAAGAGAGAAACUUCAAGGAUGCUCGCAUGCACAAGGCGAGAACGACCCCAGUUUCCUGUUUAUGCCCCCCAUUUUCCAUGAUCAACUUGGCAAGGUGGAUCCACACAACUUUUUUGCCUGAAGGGAGUUUCUGAGGGGGUUGCCAUUAGUGAAUGAGGUCUUCUUUCUUGACAGAUUGUUUUCUGUCGCAUGCAAAAAACGAUUUUUUAAAGACACUAAAAAUGUCCUGGAAAGGAAAGAAAACUGGUGUUACUUUUUCAGUUUUAAAAAAUUGAUUUGGAAUGUCAUCUUUAGUUUUCUUCCAAUGGACGAAUCAACACUCAAGUGAAACACCUCAUAAUAAUUAUUGGUUAAUGUUGCUAUGAUACUACACUGUAUAAUAAAUGUAUGGUCUGAAUGACUCUUCAGGGGGACAUGCAGAUAUAGAAUAUUUUUCCUUGAAAUAAUAAUAGUGAUGAAAAAGCUAACUGUUAGCUCUUAAAAAUAACAAAAUUAAUUUUCAUUGUUUUUUGCUGUUCAACACAAUGAUUUAGCCACUUGGCCAUGAAUGGUAGCCUGUUUAGAAAAGUUUAAUAAUCACUUCUAAGGUCCGGUUCAGACGCCGCUCCACUCAUGUGCCGAACCUAACUGAUGAAUUAAGUACGGCAAAAGAGCGGCGUCUGAAUCAAUUUGGUACGGCAGUUUUAGUUUGGUGCAGCAAAAGCGUUAUGUUCGACAGAGUCUGUCAAACUUUUAUCGAACUUAACUUAGGUUCGACACACAGUACGCCGUCUGAAUCAGAUGUCGUGCCAGUGUCGCUCCAAAGUCAAACUUAUUCAGUUAAGUUCGCCACAUGAAAAGUACGGCGUCUGAACCAGGCCUAAGCUACACUGUAUUUAUGGCUAUCCAUCCAUUGCAACAAUUUCAUAAGCUGUUGAGCCAUUCUAGGCCAUGUGUUUAUAAUUUUUUAGUGUCUGAAUGUUCCAUGUUUAGUGUUUUAAAGCCAGCUUACUUUAUUAGUGCUCAUAUGAACAUUUACUUGUAUCAUUAGGCACAAGUGAAGGCAAAACAGAACUUGAAUCCAUGGAAGCUAUGAUGGGAUUUUCAGGUUUUGGUAAGUAUCUAUAUACAACUUUUGGUGAAUAAACUAAAAGCUUGUGCAUGUGUCAUUAAAAAGCAGAAGAAAAAAUUAAAGUUCGCCGAAAAUAACUAUUUUAGCUACAUGUACUUUUUCCUAGAAAAUAUGUUUUAUGAGUCUGUGAGCCCACAAGUUUUGAGUAAAGUUAUGAGCCAGGUUAGGGUUAAUGUUUAGUGUUACACAUACAUGUACAUGUAGGGUUAAGGUUAAUUGAUUGUAAUACAUAUGUACGUGAGCAUGUUUUUUUUAAUUAAAACUGUAUGGUACAGUAUACUUGGUAAGAUUCAGAUUGUUAGUGCUUUUUGGACAUAGAAGUCAGAAAGGGAAUUACAUGUAACUGGUAAAGUACUAGCUAAGGUUCUAUAUCAACACACAUGUUAUGGAAACAGAAAACUGUGGGAUGUAGAUAUAAGGAGAAAACCAUUGGAUAUUCAUGUAUAUAGAUUGAAUACAGUAGGUGAAUAUCCCUGGGAUAUCUUGGUAAGUGAAAAGUUCUGGUACUUAAAGGCAAAGAAGAUAACAUGAUAGCUAAAGUUUCAAGGUAACACCAUGCUCUGGUAUAUGCAAUGAUUUAACAUUUUCUUUGGUUAAAAAAUUUCAAACCAGUUUGAUUUUUGUCUCCCAUUGCCUCAAAGGGCGUAAAGUUAAAGAAAAGUAUAAAUUUGCAUUUAUAAGCUAAAGUCUUAUUUGUGAAAAAUUAAUUUACAUUAAAGAAAAACAUUGAGCCUGGACAUACAAUCAUGUACACUGCAUCUGUUGCACUCACUAGUAUGGAACAUCUUGUUAAAGUGACCAUCUAAUAAAAGUGAAGACAAUGAAAAAUAACUCGUUGUUACCUUGGAAAAGUUGACUGGGACUGCUUAAAGGGACAGUGUGUCGAUUGUGUGCUGCGCAAGUGUCAUCUGUUUUUUCUUGAAAAGACAACAAAGAUUUUGUUGCUCGCAGGGCGGCCUUGCAACCCAAAAAUCUUGUUCUGCUUGCUUUAAAAACAGCUUUUGUAAUGUGAAACUCUGCUUGAUUUGCUCGCAUUCUAGCUUCAAACAUUUGAAAGAUAUAAAUAAAAAUGCAAUCUCAGCGCGAUAAAUUAUCGCAAAGGUUAGUCAAAAAUUAUAUUAUGAUUUCAUUGCACUAGUUUUUCUAAAAAUGUAGUGCCUGUUUGUUUGAUUUUGUUGGCCGUAGGGAGGUUCAUUUAAAAGUUUACUAACGCGUUGUUGCAAAACAUUCUGCUUCACAAAGCUUAAUUCCACAAGAUCUCCUCAGUCACAUCCAUGUCUCAAUGGUUUCUUUCUUACAGUCUCUGUUGUUGCUGUUUCAUUUCUGCGUAUUCCUUUCACAAUUAUCUGAGCUUGUAUGGAAGCUGGCAGAAGAAACAAGCCUUCAAUCGGCAUCAAAGUGCUUCCCAUCUUUUGGUCCUCUGGCCAACUGCAAUAAAAGUAACUCCAAAAAAUCCCUAUUUUGCCCAAAUCGAAAGUCAACGGGAACAAUAUAUCAUUGAUCUGUAAUCCUGGGAAGUUUUAGUGUAGUAUUGAACUCUACUAAGCGCAAUGCAAACGGAUUUUUCAAGGUUCUCUUACUCUCCUCGCAUCUUUUGAUUUCGCGACAUCCUGUCCAAAAAUCAAUGUUUGGUGCAUGCACAGUAAUGGGAUACUGUUCCUUUAAUAGAGGUGACCCCUCAAUACGUGUCAGUUUUACAGUAAUUGAAGGAAUGUUUUCCGGGACCUAGGUAGGUGACCGCUUAUAGAGGGUGUCCACUAAAUAUAGGUUCGCUUAAUACUUUGUUAAUUUUUUAAGUUGGACACUUUUGAAAUAACAGUUGUCAGUGGAUUUCCCUUUUAUAAAUCAGUAACCAGACCUAACAUUAAUUUUUCUUAAAUUUACAACCAGGAAAAAAGACAGCAAAGCAUUUUAAUGUUGAAGAUAUGUUUGAGAAAGCAAAAAGGACAGCUGUGGAACUAUCCAGCAGUAGAAAGAAAGGUACCAAUAAUGUAUUGAUUGUAUUAGUAUAGGUAAUAGCAUGAUUUGUAGUGAUAUUUGGCAUAAAUACCACGAGUGAUAUUUCAAAAUUGUUGUACGUAAUUUCACGAGCCGUUAGGCGAGUGAAAUUUGAGUCAAUUUUGAAAUAUCACUAGUGGUAUUUAUGCCAAAUAUCACGUACAAAUCAUGCUAUUAUUUGUUUAUACUACUACCUGCAAAGGUUUUGUAAUUUUCACAUGUAGGUAUUUCAAAUUAAGCUGAAAUACCACUGCUCCUAGCCAAUCAAAUUGAAGAAAUUUCUCAUGUAGUAGUAUAAGAGAGAAAAUCUGAAGAAUUAUGUAGAAAUAACACUUGUUAAUUGCUAUGCACUAUGACUUAAGGAAUAUUUUUUUCAAAUGGAAUCCUAUGAGACACCCAGUUCUGACUCAGACAAACAUUUUGAUCCAUUAAAGACAAACAUGCAUGUCUGUAUGGCAACAGUCCUCUCCAUGGGUACCUACAGACGUUGUUUUUGUCGCACAUUUUCCAUCAAAUCGUUAGUUUUUCAUGAAAGGCUGCAAAACAAUGAUUUUUUUACGGUGGUGAUGCCACUAGCGAGCUUGAGCAAUCACAACCCCAUAAGAGAAACAAGAAAAUAAACGAUAAAAAAGCAAUAGGUUUAAUGAGCAAAACAGCUUUUAACGUGCAUUAUACUUUUUAGUAGAUUUGCACAAAUGACAUUGUCAAACUUGGGAAUGGUCAUGCGAUCGUCGCUUAAAUCUCUAAAACUGUCGUUUCAUCAAUAGUGAUUGUCAUAAUUUUAAUUUGUCGGAAAUACCCAUACAGGGGCUCAAACGGGAAACUAAAAAAUGGAAACUUAACAAAUUGUGAAGUUAGCUUACUAGAGAGAUAAGAAAUGCUUAGUACUAAACACUGCUGCUAGAGUGAGGGUAAAACCAACUUGAGUAGGCCAAAAUCUCUCAAAGAGUUGUUGGAAUGUUGGAGAAAGUCUUCCUGUCAUUUCCAAAACCUGCAAGGCAUCACAAAGUGCAAGCAUUGUUUGGCUAGUGGCUGGCGUGGCUGGCUUGUAGGAAUUGUUUACAAAGUCUGAAAAGUAUUACAUGUACUAGAAUCUAUAGUAUAUGAUACUAAAACAGUGGAUAGUGUUUUUCGCGCACUCUGAUUGGCUACUCAAUCAGUGAAUAUCGCUGCACUAUUCACUGAUUCACCUCCAGUUCCUCUGAGCGAGUGACACCAAACUCGCGUAAGUUGUGAGCAAAAUGCCUUCCUGGUUUGCUGCCGUAACAAUCAAAGAAAUUUCACAACUAAUCAAGGAAGCUGUUCCCAAAAUACAAGAGGAAGGUGACGAAGUUCGGUUUGAAAGUUUUAACAGUUAAAGUUUGACUUGAAUUUAUUAAUAAAACCGUUGAAAAAGUUUUUUGUUUACAAAUGCAAAUGAAGUCUUGCGUUACUUUACUAUUUAGUUGACUUGUUCAUAAAUAAGCCUAAAACUAAAUGUAAUAAUCUUUUUUACAUAAUGAUUUUAAAUACAAAAAGAAUUCACAACUCCUUUUAAAGAAAUUUCCCCGCAAGAGCUAAACAAAUGCCUUCAAAAGUUUUAUUUGUCGGCAAGAAAAAGCGACAACCACGGACAUUCGGUCAUUGUGCGCCAAAAUAAAUGGCAAACAGAAAAUGAGUUAAAAAUCAUCAUUUUUGUGCUCAAUUAUGUCACUUUUUUAGUAUACAGCUAUUUUGAGAAAGGUUGUCGGAAAAAAAGUGCACGCGACAGUCCCGAAAGGAAAUGCGGGAUAUGAUCAAUACACUGUUCCUGACAACUGUAGCUGUCAAACCUACUUUUAUUACUUUCCUUUAGCACUUGCAAACACAUUUCCAUGGCCUUUUGUGCCAAUUCUUUCAAAUUUCGUUGAAAAAAGAGAACUCGAAAUCACCCACAAUGCCUUUCACGAUUGUUGUGUGCACUUUUCCCAACAACCUUUCUUGAAACAGCUGUAUACAGUGGCUAGUGGUGGAUAUUUACCUCGCCACUUCACAGCCUUGGUAAAUAACCACCACUAGCCACCUUCGCUUCGGUGAAUAAUUGUUAUUUAUACAAAUGUAUGUGCUUUUUGUGGCAUGAAGAAAAGGUGCUGCAGCCAAAAUUCCUGUUCUUCUGAAAGCAAAUCUGUUGCUAGAACAGUUUAAUGGAGAAUGCUUGAGAGAAAAGCCCUGGAAUCUAGAGUUGAGCCAGGGACAAACUAUAAGAAGCAUGUUUAAAACAAGUAGCAGCAAACAAAAUUAUGUUGCAUAAGGCAAAGAAGUGCUGUCAUUUGUUUGUCUGUCCACCUGUUUACUUGUUCAAAUGAUUAUUGGUCCUAAAAGUAAUGGAUGUGUUUAUAGAACUGUUUAUUAGAGCUCUCCCACAAUGAAUUCAUUUGAGUGGUCAAACUUCAAAUUGAAAUUUUCCUUCAAUAACUCUGUAAAGCUGUAAGAGUAUUAAGUCACAGGUGCAUGAAUGUUUAUAUAUUGAUGUAGUAUGUUGGUUGGAGUUUUAAUUUUAUUUUUUUGCUUUUCCACUUCAUGUUUCAUUGAAGAAAAAGAGUGUUUGUGUACAAUGUUUCCCUGGUAACUGAUUAUUAAAAUUAAAAAACCAACAGAAAAGGCAAUGACUGAGGGUUGAAAAUACAGUGUAAUGACCAUUCAUUUAUUGAAUUGAGAAUUAUUAACAUUUUCUUACCUACUUAGUGUGCCCUGUCUUCUUGACAAGGAGAGCUAUACAUACAGCUACACUCUAUAAUGAAACAAUCAGAAUGUACUUUUUGUUAAUUGUACUUUUUAGAUCCCUCUGAGGAUGAUAUUGAAGAUGAUCCCGCACCGUUUGUGAUCAUGCCACCACUAGCUAUGGACAGAAAGGUAUAACUGGCAAAAAACAUAUCAUUGUAUUAUUUUAUGAGACUUAUUUUAAAUCUUUUCCCAUAGAUAAAUAAUAUUAGUGUCUUUGGUAGUUGUGACCAUUCAGGUGAAAGCUGCUGAGCAGUGUUAUCCUGUUGACUAUCUAUGCUCAACCCUCAAUGUGCCGCUUCCAUCAUUUUUUAGUGAAUUAAAAUAAUGCUUAAGUGUGACCAUUCAAAUGAAAACAAUUCAGUGAAACCUCUAUUAAGCGGACACCUUCAGGACCUUCCCAAGUGUCUGCUUAAUAGAGGUGUGUAAAAAUUGGGCAAUGUUUGUUAACAAUUAAUCUUCAACGGUUACUCUGUACUGUUAUAAAGUUCCACGUUGUUAAGGAAGCUAAGGAAGCUGUGCUGUACUUUGUGCAAGAUUUUCGGUCUAAUCUACAGUUUAUUGACAGCUAAAUAAUGUAUUGAUUUAUCUUUAUUAAUCGACUAGAAUACAUAUUUCAAGGCCCGUGGGGGGGGGGGGUACUUCCUUAUAAGAGGCUAAUGGGGAUGUGUCGCUGGAUGGGAUCGUAUUUUCACGACUGGAUUGACUAUAAUGGGGUGGCAUUUUCAAUAGAGUUUCUAGAAUGGAGUUCCACAUGCAAUUGUGCAGUUCUUUCUUGUGGACCUACUUUUAUUAAUAUGCAAAAGAACAUGCUUCUAAGCGUGGUUGUUAACUGAAGUGCUGUUUACACUUUUUCAAGAUUUUUCAAGCAUGUAUAUGUUGUAGUUAAUUUUUAUCUCAGGUGAUUUUUAUUUUUCCUUUGUUUCAACUUCAUUUGUAAACAUUACCAUACCCAAAAACAAAAGAAAAUCAAAAAUUACCUGAGAUGCAAAAUUAACUACAACAGAUAUAAUUAAUUAUAGUUAUUACUUCAUUAUUUAAGCAAUAGAAAACGUUUUCCAUGUUCAUAAUUACACAGCCUGAUAUAAACAUGGGAGGGGUUGGGAGAAUUUGAGACAGUUAUAUAACUGUCGAGUAUUCUCCCAAUCCCUUGUGUGUAUAUAACAGGCUAUGCAAACACAGGUAAAAAGUUUGCUAUUGCUUUUAUAAAAUAAUUUUCCCGAGGAUUAAAAAGAAAAGUUGUUGUUCAUGGUACUUACUAAGAGAGAAAUUCCUACCAGUUGCAAAGUGUUGUAUACAAAGUUUUGUACACAUAAUCAGUUCUUGUUUUCCAAAAAAGAAGCUUUCCAAAGAGAGGAUUUUUUUUCUCGCUUAAACUGUCAGCUUAAGCGAAAAAAUUGACAUAGCAUGAUUGUUUGUAAACUGUUUGUGGAUUGGUAAAAUAAAGAAAAGUUGUUGAGUUUUCAAUUCAAAACCUUUAUCAAUUUUGUGCUUGUGUGAUAAGUGCAUGCAAAGCAAAACAUCUUGAUGUCACAACUGUGUUUACGUACUCUCAUGCAAACAUGCCUCUCGUUCAAUCAGAGUGCAUGCACUAUGUUUAGUUACUUUUAUAAAUCAGGUAUUAAAAUUUCUUUUAAGACAUCUGACAGAGAAAAGAAGGAAGACAGCGAUGAUGAUGAUGACAGAGAAAAUGAUGAUGAUGAUCAAGAGGUACACUUGCAAAUUACUUGAGUUUUAGUAUGUUUAAAUUAUAAAUAGAAAACUAAUAAUGAUGAUAAUGAUAAUAAUAAUAUUAUUAUUGUUUUCUCAGAGCCUGGAAGGUCGUAUUCCUGUGAGUCAUGAAAUUUCACUGGACCAUGGGAACAAAACAGUUGAGUUUCUUGCUUGAUUGUUUUUGCCUCUAAAUCUAUGCCUUUUUGGGCAGAGAAACUGCUGGACUGAUGGUAUUGGUGUUACAAUGUAUUGCUUUGACAUAUAUAGUUAUAAUAAUGACUGUGAUUUAAUUGACCAAAUACAUUGUAAAAGUAUAAAAUUCAGGGUUGUCACUAAGAUUUCAAGUUGCCGGGGGAAGUCGCAAGCAGUCAUGGAAAACCUCCCCCGCCCCCCCAACCAUCCCCCAAGAAGUUUUUGAAUUGCAACUUCUACCGUUUUCCAAAAGGCAUUACCGCCCCAAAAAAGAAAUCUUCACCAAGGGAACAGCUAUCAUUAGCGGUUUUAUGAUGAUCACGUCUUUAUUCAAGAAAACUACAACAUUCUGAGACACUAAAAUAAUAAGUUUUUACUUUACGUAAAGGCUCGUUGGAGGUUUUUUUUAGUGGCCGCCAAAUGGGAAUAUACAUGUAAGCACCGGGCCUGAAAAAAAUGACAGGUUGGCACCGGUCACGUUAUCUGCGCAGUCUUAUCUUUACGCAGAUAAGGCGCACGCUGGUCAGUUAAAUCACAACGAUACGAUACAAAUGUUAAAAAUGUGGAAAGGACAAUCGAUUCUUAGACGGUGCAAAUGAAUUAACAUGCGCUGUAAAAUCAAUUUUAAAUCCUCAUUUAGUUAUACGUAAGAACGAAACAACUUACGGAAAACAAAACUAAAACUAAUAUUACAAAUGAAUUAACCCACGGAGAAGCGGAAAGAAGAAAAGCGGACGAUGAAUGUACGAAAAAGCAUCAUAAACAUAAGGUUACUAUGGUUUGUUGAAAAAUAAAAGUAUGAUAAGGCUAAAACAAGCGUAACGUACGAAAAAUCGUGGCAUAAAAUAUGGCAAAACUAAACUGCAGAACUGGUAACAUUAGUGGUCUUGAAUUUAUGAACGAAACAUCACUUAACAUACGAAGAAACUGACCUACGGAAAAGCAUUUAAAAGACAGGGCUAAUACUUUAUAAACGAUGCUGAGUUGUCAAAACGAGACUCAAGGAGAAGAAUGCAAAAGUAAUGCUAAUGCUUAACUUCCCUUUUAUAUAUAACUUCUUGGAAGUAGAAUUGAGAGGAUGUGAUCAUGACAUGCGGACAAUGAUCGAACAUUUCCCGUUUGUCGUGCGUUAUUUUAUAUACUCGAUACCUAAAGCUAAAUGUAGACCUGGUCACUUAAAUGUCAAUAUAUUAAACAUGGUAAUCAGUCAUAGUCUUCAUCUUCAAAGCCUUCAUCAUAAUCCUCAUUAUCAUUACCUUGCUAAUUAUUUACCGUGCGUUAAUCCACAAAUGUCCAGUGCUGGCCACAAGAUCCCUACUUUCCUUUUUCAUCCUUAGUUCCACACUUCUCAGAGGUGUGGAAGUGUGGAACAGUCCGACAAAGUAAGGAUAUUGUCGCACUUUCCCCCAGUCAGGGAGAGAAGCGAUGACCAGAAAUGUUCUCAAGGUGUGGAAGUGUGGAAAAGUCUGACAAAGUAAGGAUAUUGUCGCACUUUCCCCAGUCAUGAACCCUUUGUCAUUCUUUACUUAGUUCUACACUUCCCAGGGGUCUGGAAGUGUGGAAAAGUCUGACAAAGUAAGGAUAUUGUCGCACUUUCCCCCAGUCAUGAACCCUUUGUCAUUCUUUACUUAGUUCCACACUUCUCAGAGGUCUGGAAGUGUGGAAAAGUCUGACAAAGUAAGGAUAUUGUCGCACUUUCCCCCAGUCAUGAACCCUUUGUCAUUCUUUACUUAGUUCCACACUUCUCAGAGGUCUGGAAGUGUGGAAAAGUCUGACAAAGUCAGGAUAAUGUCACACUUUUCCCCCUGUUAAGAACCCCUUGUCAUUCUUUACUUAGUUCUACACUUCUCAGAUGUGUGGGAGUGUGGAAGAGUCUGACAAAAUCAGGAUAAUGUCACACUUUUCCUCUGGUCAUACGAAACCACUGUGAUUCUUUACUUAGUUCUACACUUCUCAAAGGUGUGGAAGUAUAAAAUAGUCAGACAGAGUCAGGAUAUUGUCGCACUUUCCCCCAGUCACGAAUCCCUUGACAUUCUUUCCUUAGUUACACUCCUAUGUAUGAAAUGAGAAUAAAGCGCAGUGGGAGUAUUUGUUGGUUUUAUUCCUGCAACUCGUUUUACAUAUUUUUAAAUGCUAUUUUAAGUUUAGACAACAAUUCUAUGACUAGAAGAUAUUAGCCUUGUUUCACUGCCAUCUGUUUGAAUACCCGACCAUAAAACAAGCCUCCGUUUUUUCUGUCACGUUCAGUCCCCGUCAGUCCUUUAUCGUCGUUUAUUUAUUUAUUUAUUUUUCAACGGAAACCUCAACAACGUCAUCUCAUCUAUGGAUUUUUAUGUUUGAAAUUUUUCAUCUUAAUGUGCCAUAUAUGAGACGUCUUAUUCUGGGUUUUUCUCCUUCCUAUAGAUCUAUUCGGCUGACUCAAUGUCGUACCCAAUUCAAACCCUUUGGGUAUAAAACGUUUUGUUUUAGGAAUUUCCGUAUCAUUUAAAUGUGAAUGCCACAUUAUAACGCACAUACAAUACACAAAGAAUCUGAACCCCGGGAGCUUUCAAUUAGGUACAACAGUCAGGUCUCUUAAGAUCGUGACAACGCUAAAAAUAGGCAGUAAAGAAUGCAGAGUAUGUGCGUUCUAUCUUCCUCGCUUUAAGAUCAACUUGAUAAAGUUUAUAAAUGCUCAAAUCAAUUGUUAUUGUUCUAUUCCUUCAUCAGGUUCAUGACCUAAAUUGGUCUAAAAAUAUACAGCAUUCUGCAUAAAGUAAUAAUUGUGACUUAUCGGCCUAGAGUAGCUACCUGCAGAUCUCUCUGUGGAAAAGGGGGAUCACUGUUUAAGUGCGUGUUAUAGGGUCGGCAAUAUUUAUGUUAUCUCUACGGCACGUGACAAUACUAAACUAUUUGCAUGGUCCACCCUCCUGUUCGUCUUUAGAGAGUCACCCUAAAGUGAAUUCUUUUUCGAGGUUUCUUGGCCUCGAACCGCUCGCCUCCGAGCGUGGUGUUGCUUCUUUUUCAUAAUUUAUGUCCAGCAUUUACAUAACCUCAGAGAAGAGGAAAAACUGCGAAACAGUGGAUAUAUGGCGUGAUCUAACGAUUAUCAAAUUUGAACCCGUACUGAUAAAGAAGAAAGCUUGGUUGGAGAUCGGAUUUCUUAACUUUAAGUUUCUUUCAACAGCUGGCAUUGAAACAAUGGUUAUAUCUGCUAUUCAAAAUAAAAAUAGUUCUUAAGGAAAAAUGUAAAAAAAACCAUACAGAGAUAAAACCAGGUGCUCAUAAAGCGCACUGAGCUUCUCGUGACUCAGGGAAAGUGUGACAUUACACUCAACUUGUCAGACUAUUCUACCCUUCCACACCUCCGAGAAGUGUGGAACUACGUAAACAGGGGGAAAAGGGCGACAAUAUCCUUACUUUGUCAGACUUUUCCACACUUCCAGACCUCUGGGAAGUGUAGAACUAAGUAAAGAAUGACAAAGGGUUCAUGACUGCGGGAAAGUGCGACAAUAUCCUUACUUUGUCAGACUUUUCCACACUUCCAGACCUCUGGGAAGUGUGGAACUAAGUAAAGAAUGACAAAGAGUUCGCGACUGGGGGAAAGUGCGACAAUAUCCUUACUUUGUCGGACUUUUCCACACUUCCACACCUCUGGGAAGUGUAGAACUAAGUAAAGAAUGACAAAGGGUUCAUGACUGCGGGAAAGUGCGACAAUAUCCUUACUUUGUCGGACUUUUCCACACUUCCACACCUCUGGGAAGUGUGGAACUAAGUAAAGAAUGACAAAGGGUUCAUGACUGGGGGAAAGUGCCACAAUAUCCUUACUUUGUCAGACUUUUCCACACUUCCACACCUCUGGGAAGUGUGGAACUAAGUAAAGAAUGACAAAGUGUUCAUGACUGGGGGAAAGUGCGACAAUAUCCUUACUUUGUCAGACUUUUCCACACUUCCACACCUCUGGGAAGUGUGGAACUAAGUAAAGAAUGACAAAGGGUUCAUGACUGGGGGAAAGUGCGACAAUAUCCUUACUUUGUCAGACUUUUCCACACUUCCAGACCUCUGGGAAGUGUGGAACUAAGUAAAGAAUGACAAAAGGUUCAUAACAGGGGGAAAGUGCGACAAUAUCUUUACUUUGUCGGACUACUCCACACUUCCACACCUCUGGGAAGUGUAGAACUAAGUAAGAAGUGAAGAAACUCUGGAUUUCAUGGCCAGGGCUGGACAUGGCCGUUAAUCUUGCCUUAUUUAUCUUACGGUUUGAUAGUUUGGGGGCAGGCGUCAAAAACACAUUUAACAAAAAUGUUAUUGCUUCAGAAAAAAGUUAUCCGUUUCAUAUUUUUUGCCAACAGGAAAGUUCAUGCCAUUCCUCCUUUUAUUGAUGCAAAUAUCCUGCCAAUUAGCUUUCUCUAUUUUAAGUCCGUAUCUUACCUAAUGCAUGAUAUUCAUACUAAUUCUGCACCCUCAAAAAUCGUUAACUUGUUCUCGCAGACAUCAUCUAUUCAUGAAUAUAACACAAGAUCAUCCUCUAAAAAUAAUAUGUACAUCAAAAAAUUUAAUCUUGAAAAACUAAGACAAGCCGUCCCAAUUUUUGGCGCUAAAAGUAUGGAAUGAGAUACCAGGUAGAAUGAGAGAUAUGUCAAAAAAAGUGUUCAAACGAAAAUUAAUUAGUGUGCUCUUCGAAAUAUUAAAAGACAAAGAUGAUUACCUUGAUGCAGCCAUGAUAACACAAGAAAUAAAAUUGCGAAAUCCUAAACCUUAGCCUCUUUCACAGGUUGUAUUAAACAGAUUUAUCUUUCUUGCUUUUGAAUUCAUUACACAUAUUUCUUCUUUUCUUUUUCUUUGCUUUUUACUUAUUAUAAUAUAAUAUCUGAUUUGUAAUAGAAUUAAUUUGGCACGCCUCGACUAGCGUUUUCUUGCUAACUGCGUGCCAAACAAUUGUACUUGUAAUGUUACGAUAAUAAAUGUCUUGUCUUGUCUUGUCUUGUCUAUCAUCAACAUCAGCAUCAGGGAGAUUUAACGCUCGGAUGAAGCCUCAACUUGUGAUGUCAACAGAGAUCUGCUCACCUCUUUUAUCGUGAACAAAGAGUGCAGAUUCCUUUGCCACUUUUUGACAUGUUGUUUGACGCAAAGCCGACACAACGGUUGAAACUAGGGACUUUUGGCAUCGACAAAGGGUGACCGCAGCGAAAAUGUCACUUUUAAAAUGAAUUGGCGUUUUUUCCAACCUUGUCGCGCUUAUUUCAAUUCGCUGAAAAUAGCUAAUGUAGGCCAAUUUCCCUGGAGUUGAUUUCUUUGGGUUCGCACUCAAGUUUAGAAAGAGAAAGACGUUCUCCAUAAAACGUGAAACUAGGCAUUUUCAUGUCGUAGUCGUGCAGUAACGGCAAAGAAAUGUACAAAAAAGGGUGAUGCACGUGCAAAAUAGUUGUUUUGCUCAAUAAUCCUAUUACUUUUUUGACGUUCUCGUUGCCGUCGCCGUCGUCUUUGCUAAAACUCCCAACGGACAUUUCGCGAAAGGAGAGUUUUCGUGCAUGUGUACUAAUACCAAAUCUAAGGCAGAUGUCUUUUUCCGACAUUUCUUAGUUUUUGCACGUCAGUAUUUCAAAAUGAUUACUUAAACCUGCUGCAGAUAAAACUUGCAUUUAGUUUGAUGGAUAGUCUUUGUGUGUUUCAAAGUUGUGCUCUUUUGGUUUAAUUUAACGACGAAAGUAGCCGGGGGCCACGCUCUGAGUAGCCGGGGGAAAUCCCCGGCCCCCGGCCCUUAGUGACAACCCUGAUAAAAUGUAUUGUAAUUGAUAGAUGUGAUGCACUGUUGUGGGUGUGGGGUUUGUACAUAAAUUUACUGAAAAGAAGAAACGUGAUUACUGUGCUCUUGAUAUCACUGGUAAAUGAUUAAGUUUUAAGGUACUGUACUUAUAUUAACUGAGUGCUAACUUAAAGAAUUCUGUUUAAGGUGUCUGCCCUUGCUUUGGAUCCGUCAGGAUCACGGCUGGUGACUGGAGGAUAUGAUUUUGAGGUAUGUGUUUGAAGAAGGUACGAUGAGAGAUGACAGAAUGUCGAGUGCUAUUUUGGAGUAUUUUAUUUUGCUGAAGUUCUGUAUAUUUUUAGGCCAUAAAAUCACAUGGCUUGACAGGGCAAUGAUGACUGAAUCAUGGAUUAAAAUUAUUUGAAUCAUUGUUACACGGUGGUCCUAUAGCACGCAAAAAGCUGCAACCUAGGAACUAUUUUUGCAUUUUUCAUUCGUUUGAGCUCAAACUUUGCAGGAUGGUAGAACUUUGUAUUCCAAAAAUCCUAUGUUCUUUGUUUUUUGAUUUUAACGGUUUUUGGUGGGAAAAUAAUGUCACAAGAUUGCAGAAAAAUUAAAAUUUCAAGAUAUGGCAAAACAAAUAAAUAAUUAUAAAAAAGCAUGACGUGAUAGAAUAGAAUGUGAAUUUAUUUUUUUCAAAAACUCAAUUAGUUAAAGAGUUAUUAAACUUUAAUUUUUGAAUUUCCUGCCAUUCUGUUACUAUUUUUAGAAACAUAAGUACAUUUCAAGAUGCUAUAUCUCCUAAAGCAAAUGAGCUUUGCCAAAACUUUUUUCACAUUAAUUUUAUUUCUAUCACCUCAAGCUCUUUCAAAAUUAUUUAUUUCUUUGGUUAUAACUUGAAAUUUAAAUUUUGCUGUCAAUCUUGUGACUUCAUUUUCCCAUCAAAAGCCGUUAAAAUCGAAAAACAAAAAGCAUAGGAUUUUUUGGAAUACAGAGUUCUACCCUCCUGCAAAGGUUGAGCUCAAAGGAAUAAAAAAUGCAAAAGUAGUUCCUCGGUUGCAGGUUUUUGCGUCCUGUGGUCCCAGCGUGUUAAGUGUCAAUGAGCAAAUACAUGUACGUACAAUGUAUUUCAAAUUUCAUACGGAGGACCUUUAACAUUUACUUUCUUCCUCAAUUUGACGUAUGACCACUGUAAAGAACACUCUACUCUACAGUUCUAUAGUAUAAUAAGUCUAUUUUUCAGGUAAAAUUUUGGGAUUUCAAUGCCAUGGAUGCAUCUCGCCGUGCUUUUAGGACACUUCAGCCAUUUGAAUGUCAUCAGAUUAAAUCCAUAGAGUAUAGUAUCACUGGUGAUGCUGUUCUUAUUGCUGCUGGCAAUGCAAAGGUAUACAUAGUUCUGUUUACAUUAGAUUCAUUGCAGGGAUCUCUGAGCACUUCUUUUCCUUUAAAACCCAAUCUCAUCUACUGAGUAACCUUCCGUGUCAUAUUUUAUUCUUUUUAGGCCAAGGUUAUUGACAGGGAUGGGUUUGAGGUUCUUGAAUGUGUGAAAGGUGACCAGUAUAUCGUUGAUAUGGUUAACACUAAGGUAUGUUUUGCACUGACAAUGGAACUUAACUAAAUGUAAAGAUUGUACACAAUUUAUGAUUAGGUUGAAUAGUCAGACAUUAUUUGUGAAUUGACUUGCAGUAUUUUAUACCUGGCAAGCAUCUGUUAUUCAAGGGUAGAGGCUUUUUUGAAAAGCUGUGGUAUUUUAUCUUCAUCAUCUACAUUUGCUGAAGUAUUUAAGUCCAGGACAGUAUUUGAUAGAUAAAGUGAAUAAUUCCAUGAUCUAACUCCUCUUACUGCUCUAACUUCCUGAUGUAUUAAUUUUUUUGACCACUCUAACUGGCUAAGCAAGGAAAACCUGCUUUUAGUAAGAAUUCCUGAAUAACUGAUAUACAGUGUAAAUGUAUGGCAGACAGAAACGUAAUGUUUGGGCCUUUAAAUUUCAACAUAAUUGUCAUUAUCCUGAAGUUUCUCGCACAGGUGAAAAGUGAAGCUAGUCAACUUAAGAUUAUAAGUUCAGUAAAAAUAAUUUAUUGUUUGCAUGUCUAGUUUUGUUUGUUCCAACAUUUCUUUCUUUCUCUUUGUUUCAUUCCAUUCAUGCUGUAUUUCUUAUUCUGCACAGGGCCAUGUUGCUAUGUUACACAAUGCUUGCUGGAAUCCAAAGACUAAAGAUGAAUUUAUUUCCUGCAGUGAUGAUGGGUAUGUUUUUUUUUUUAACAUUUCAAUUCCAUCCGGCAUGCUUGUGGAAAUUAUAGCCAGCCUUGUUGGUCUUCACGAUACCGUCUUGUUCAGGUUUAGCAUUGGCUCACACAAAACUCACUAGAGAUUCUGCUGACAGAAUACCUUUGAAAUGAGGCAGCACUGAUAGAUAUAGUACAGCAUUUGAACCAGUGUCUGUAAGAGUUACCUUGUACAGCAGAAUAAAUAUUACCUUAGAAAUGUACUGCUUAGUAACUUUCAUUUGAAUGGUCACUCUUAAGGAUUUCAUUCACACACUCAAUAUUUACAAGUACAUUGUAGAACCACCCUGCAUAGAGCAAUUAUGUGGAAAGUGCUUCUCAUCAACUUUCAUUUAAACUGCUGCAAAACAUCUAUGCAGUACUUUUGGAAAGUCAUACAAUCCAAGACUUGCCAAAAAUUAAUGUUGUUAAUGGAGAGUAGGGAUGGUAAAGUGGUGAGAGCUCUUGCCUUCCACCAAUAUGGCCCCAACAUGGCGUAGGUUCAACUCCCAGCGUUAACGCCGUAGUGCAGAUGAAGCGUGAACGGUAUGUGAGUUGAGUUUGUUGUCGGUUCUCUUCUCUAUAUUUACGUUAGUUUUGCCAUCCCCUCAAAGAACCAGCAUUCCCAAUUCUAAUUUGAUCUCUUGGGUUUACCUUGGUCACGGCUCGGUGUAUUAAGGACUAGUGAAGUUUCACUCUGGUUUCAACCUUUUGUUUUCUUUGUUUUACAUCAUUCGUGAAUGGUUACCUUACGCAGAGGAUGAGCCGUAAUGUCUUCAGUUGGUUCGGAACACUGAGAAACUCGCAGGUUGAGAAGUUUUUUUAUGGUUUUUGAGUUGUUUGGUUGACAGUAAAGAAUAUUUUAUCAACCUUUUUAUCUCCCUGUUUACAGGACUGUUAGAAUAUGGAACACUGAAAACCCCAAGAAGAACAAAACUGUCAUUAAAACAAAGAAUAAACAAGGUAAGGCUAUGGGUAACUUAAUAUACUGCACUUUGUAUAUAAACUUAUUAUUGGAAUAAUAAUUGCCAAAAUUAUUUUUGUUGUGAUUUGUUUAGGAAAGAAAACAAUUCCCACGCGCUGUUGUUUUAGCAGAGAUGGACGAAUCAUAGCGGCUGCAUGCCAAGUAAGCCGUUACAGAUGAGAUAAAAUUGUGCCUACAGAUGAUGGUCUUAACGUUUUCUUGAAUAGCAUUAGUAGCAUGCGUCAGAAUAACUAUUGCCAUCAAAAUCAAGCAAAACGAACCUGCAGCCUCAGGUCUUAAAAUGUACCAAGAUUUCUGCUGACUAUCUAGACUGACUAUGGGACUAGAAAGCUAAGGGCCGUGUGCGUCUUUGUUUCACUGUAUCUCGUGUUUCGUCACUGGGCACUGGACUUGUAUGGCUCAAGUCUAUGUAAUUGCUGGGUUUCUUGAGUUCUAUUUUGCUCAUAGAGAGAGGGAAGAUUAGGCUGUGUGAAGUCUGAAUUGUAUGUAGGUAGUUGCGUAAAAUAAUUAUAAUAGCUCCGGGGCUUUCGAGCGAUAGAUUCCAUCUUGAAGGACAGGCGCUCGCACGGGCAGAAUUUUUUUUAGUUGGGCGCUUGCGUUUUUUUGAUUAAUUUGGCAAGUUUAUUCUUAACUAUUUCCCACAAAUGAAUCAGUUCCUUGGCUAAGGUACAGUUGUUUAUUCAUUUAUUUUUUUACAAUGUUCUGUUAGGGAGAAAAACUAAUAAUUGUUUGUUUACAGUAAUACUUUCGCACAGAUAAUUUCACUUAUAAACACAAUUACAAUGGUGUUAACCUGACAGAUUUUGUAGUAGACAAAGAGUUUGCUGAAGCUGGGUCAAUGUCCAUAAUAUUUCUACAUUUACAUUUGGGACAUUAAAUUGUUCUGAACACUUUGAUCUACCUGUUUAGUAUUUGCCGUCAGGGUUUGCUAUGAUAUUAUUAUUACAAGUAUCUCGUUUCAUUUUGUUUUUUAAUAGGAUGGUUCUAUUCAAGCGUGGGACACCAGAAAGCCAUUUGUAAGUCAGCAGCGCUAUCCACAUUAAAAAAAUCGAUCUGUUUCUUAACAAACAUUGUGGUAGUCUUGCAUGAGACAUUGCCUUUUGAAUAGUGGAAGUGCGCAUGACUAUCCCAGCUGGUUUACGGGCACUGCAACCACAUGGUCACUAACAAAUAUAAUCACUCAAACAUAGCAUGAUUGAAAACCCCAACAUGUCCGAGCAGCUGAACUUGGCGACUACCAAGAAACAAAUCUGGUCAGUGGUCCGAACGGAAGCCCCGGAGCUUGAACCACUCGACCACGUUACCUCCCGUCCCCUCCCUACCCUACUCUGUGGCUGAUAAAAAUAAGGCGCUAGUUUUGACCGUUGAUGAAAAGGUAAAGAAAGUAUUCGUUUUGUUUGUGAAAGAGAAAUGGAGGAUGAAUACCGUAAAAUUCCGAAAAUAAGCCCCUUCAAAUAUAAGCCUCCCAAACUCGCAACGCAAAACACCCUCCGUUUAAUCGCCCCUCCAAAUAUAAGCCCCCCCAGGGGCCUGUACUUGGAAAAGAAGAAUUCGAAUACAAUGGAACCUCGAUAAAAUUAUAACGAAGGGCCUAGGCAAGGGUCUGGCAAUUAUUUUCGUUGUAACAAGGGUUCGUUGCGUCGAGAUAUUGAGGUUCUUUUCUAUAUUGUACUACUACUGGAGCGUUAUACCGAGGACUUCGUCAUAUGGUAAAUCCUCUAUUAAGUCCCUUGGGGAGGGGGGGUUAUUUCUUUCAAACACAUUUGAAGGAGAGGUAUUUGAAGGAGGAGUAUAGAGAUUCGUUCCACUGUGUCAACAAACAGAAGGUAGCGAAGCCCAGCGAAAAUGCACAACUACAAAAAAUACUGAAUACCAAACCAUGCGUUCAAUUGUCAAGAUAUACGAAAAGAAGAAGUUAAUAAAAUUUAUUAUAAUUUUACUAAAACAGUUGGAUAAUGGUUUUCGCGCCCUCUGAUUGGGCGCUAAAAGUCCUUAUGUCCAGUGAUAUUCACCUCCGAGCGACGCCAAACUCGCGUAAGUUACGAACACAAUGGCUUUUCUCAGUGUCGGUGGUUAGUGGUGGAUAUUUACAACGUUACAUCACGGCUCGGUAAAUACCACUAGCCACCUCUACUUCGGUGAAUAAUUGUUAUAUAUACUUUCAUGUAACUUGUGUUAACUUCACGUAACAGACCUUUACUAUUUGUUUGUAACUUCAGCUUGUUUGGUUUUUCGGUGAUUUUGAUGCGCUAGUUGUGUAUCGAUCGGUGUAAGACGUUAAGAAAGCAUUUCUUAUUCUUACAGCAUUCCAGUAGAAUGAUUGGUUUAUAUUUUUUUGAUUUUUUUUCGUUAAUAGAUCCAUCCAACUUACCUGCAGCGUACAGCUCACACAUUUGGUAGCGACACAUCAUCACUGACUUUUUCACAUGAAGGAAGCUUACUAGCAUCCAGGGGAGGUGAUGGUUAAAACUUGAAUUGUUCCUGUUUGCUCCUCUUUCAAUCCCAAGAGUGCCUGAAAUCAAGAUAUACCUGCCAGGAAACACUAUCUUAUCUAAUUAAUCAAUAAUCAUGUAAAACUUCUUCAAAUUCAACUGACACAAGUGUUUUUGACAAGAUUUUUGACGAGGAUUGAAGCUUCGUUAACAAGAUAGGCCUGUCUUAGUGCUGUUCUUUGUGGCGUUAGAUCUCAAGGUAGCUAAUAUGACUGCCCGGUGGAAACUCCGUACUUUGGAUAACUUGAUGCUUCUUAGUGUUUUAUUGACUAAAGUUAUUAUUGUUCUAGGUGAUGACACUUUGAAGAUAUGGGAUGUUAGAAAUUUCAAGAGAUUUCUCAACGUUGCAAUGAAUUUGCCUAAUUUUUAUCCACAGUAAGUCUCAUUCCCACUAAGAUCGCUUAUUUUAGUUUUUUUAACAGGCCACAUUUUAUACUAGCAAAUUUCGUUCCAAAAUAAUCAUUUCCUUUAGCUUAAAUGUCGCCAUUCCCGUAUAGAUUAAUAUUUUGCUCCGUGUCGAUUGGAGACAUAGAGCCUACAGUAGUCAGUUUGGUCUUGUCCAUAAACAAAAUUUCCCAGCAUGGUGAGAUUACAUCAUAUGUCUUCCUGUAUAAAUAAACAAUCAGAAAGGUCAGAAUUUAUAAAUUUUUUUCAAGUUGAUACAGUUGAACUCCAUGUUCGACCACUUCUGGUAUAAAUGACCACAUCCCAUACGCGACCACUUUUCCAAAACACGAAAUUCUUUGCUGUCGAAGCCCUAUAGUUGGAACCCUAUCGUAAACGACCUCCUCUGGUAAGCCGCCGCCGCGACCACUUUUUGGGUGACGGUUUUAUAAUUUUCCAUUGUUUUCAACGUCUUUCGGGGGACCAUUUUACACAUGGUCUGUUACGCACUUUGAGUGGUCGCUUCCGGGAUAAUCCGCUGUAUUUCAUUCACUGUCUUGUCUUGUGCUACAGUUAUGGUAUGGUGCCAGGAAAAAAGAGAACUUUGCAUUUUAUUAUGUUUUUGAUUGGUCAAUUAAUGCACUAACAGUUUUGAAUUGAUUGUUCCCUUAAAUACUAUUGAUCUUUGGUUCUUUUAAAACAGUCGAAAUUAAAUUUGACUGGACUUUUUCCGGGUUAACGACAGUGUUUUUGUCUUUUUAGGACUUCUUGUUUGUUUAGCCCGGACGACAAAAUGGUGGUAACAGGGACAUCAGUCAAAAAGGGACAGGUAGCUAUUAUAACUGGAAGGAUACAUUCUUUCUUUCAUGAGAAAAGAAAACUGAAAGUGAGAAAAAAGCAAAACAAAAACAAACAGAAAAAUUCAUAACAGUGGCAGGAAUUCUGUAGCGUCUCUUGCAGAGAUACAAUCAUGGACAAAAGCCUUGGGACAAAUUUGCAUUCGUGGGGCUUUUUUAAAUCACACAUGUCCAUCUCCUCCCCCCACCCACAAUCGUCGUUGGAUGCUUGUAUCCAGAGUAACUUUCGAGUUUCAACAUUGUUUAAGGUAAGGGGAGGGUGAACUGCAAGGUAUUAACGAAAAGGUUAAACUGUGUUUUUUAUGGCACCCAGAAAUAGUGCGUCACUGUCCCAAGGACGUUUUUGUCCAGAAUUAUAGUUACACUCUCUUCGAUGGUAUUAUGAAGGUGAACAAAUAACAGUGUGGUUGGUAGGCUUGACAUCUUUCGUUAUCUUUAUAUCACUGGAGUAAAUGUUUUUACUUUUGAAUUUGUUGCGCAGGGUUGUGGUAGUCUGGUGUUCUUGGAAAGAGAUUCAUUGCGGAAGCUGUAUGAAUUUGAUGUAAUCGAAUCUGUAAGUUAUGAAGUGUUUUCUGCCUCUUUGUCACGUAGUAUCCUGAGACCAAACUCAAUGUAUUCACUUUAGAGUUAGCCAAUCAUAACAGACAGGUACCAUCUACUUAGCCAAUCAGAAUUGGAAGGAGACCAGUAAGACCGACGCCAAGUGCGGGUAACCAAGUGUGACCAUUUCAACCAAUCAAAGAGCUUUGCAAUUCAAGACCACAGCAAUCGUACUAUCGAAAAAAGAAAACAAGCAAAUUGAAAAAUGUUUUAAAAGCUGUUGUUUCUUGAUACAUACGACAAUUUGACUAUAAUUUCUUCCUUUUGUAGAGUGUUGUUAGCUGCUUAUGGCAUCCAAAACUCAAUCAAAUUGUUGUCGGCUGCGGAAAUGGAACGACUAAAGUUUAUUUUGACCCUGAGAAAAGUAACAAGUGAGUUAGCUUCUCUGCUUCUCUUCAGUUAUACCACCGUUUUACUUAAUUUUAAUGAGUUGCCAUUUUUGUCUUCGAAGGGGAGCUAAACUUUGCGUUGGAAAGGUCAAGAGGAAAGCUGUUUCCAAAGAAAUGCCUCUAAAGGACCAAAUUAUUACUCGUAAGUUUGUAAAAUCCUUUGCCUUUCCAAGAUUUAUUGCCCGCCUUGAAUUGCUUAAGAGGGGGGACAACCUCGUUCUCAGGGUUCUCUCCUAUCCGUCACCACAGGGUAGGAGAGAACCCUGGGAACGAGGUUUGGGGCGAGGGGCGGGGGGCGGUGUGGGGAAUCCAGAAGGAAGCACCAAAUUCGUAGAGUAUGUUGUCUAUAAAAGGGAAUAAAAUAAUGUAGUAAUUCGGUAUUAUUUUAUGUCUUUUUAGCGCAUUCACUUCCAAUGUUCCGUGAGAAGCGAUUUAAGAAUAAAAAGAAAGUGAAGGAAGCUGACCGUAAAGAUCCAGUCAAAUCACAUCGACCUGAUUUACCUGUGACUGGCCCUGGUGAGUGUUAAACUAGGUGUACAGGGGGAAGGGGCGGGUGGGGGGGGGUGGAUGAGUAAUGAAGGCAGGCCGUAAUGUAAAGAUCAAGUCAAUCACAUCGACCUGAUUUAUCUGUGACUGGCCCUGGUGAGCUGUAAACGUGAUAUGUAUUGUAGAUGAAGAGCCUCACUUUGUUGGAUACUCUGCAAUAAAUCAUUAUCAUUAUCAUUAUUAUUAUUGUUAUUAUAUACAUGGGGAAGAAGGGCAUAAAGGAAGUAGACCGUAAAGGCCCUGGUGAACCUGAUGUUUCUGUGAUUUCUCUGGUGAAAAGGGAAUUUAAAACCGAAUGUUUAGGACAAUUGUCUGGUCGAUUGUUGUGUAACAGUCAAGGAUACGUAACCUAAUGUUGUAUUUGCUGCAGGUCAUGGUGGGCGUGUCACGUCUGGAAUGUCUCUGUCAGCUUUUGUGGUCAAAAAUCUGGCGCUAGAGAUGAAAGAUGAUUCUCAUCCGAGAGAAGCCAUUCUCAAGCACGCUAAAGUAAUAACCAUUAGAUUGACCACUCUUUUUUCACUCUGCCUGAUUGCUUCUUUGUGCGAUUUUCUUAAUUUUUGUCUAUCUGACUGUCGUGUUGUCUGCCAGUCUUUAUGUGUGACUGUACAUCGGCUACUUUUCAUUUUGUUUGUCUAGCUGACUGCCCGACUGACUUACUGACUGACUGUCUUGCUGUCUCUUUGUGUGACUUGGUAUUUGUCUGUUUUUGUAUUGCAUUAGAUUCUAAAUGUCUUAACGGUGGUCAAGUGACACAGUUUAUCAUUAAUUGUUUCUUAUUUGGUUUCCUUUAGGCUGCUGCUGAAGAUCCUUACUGGGUGUCACCUGCUUAUGCGCAGUAAGUUCAUUUUAUGAAAUGACCUUUUCCUACCCAGCGCCCCCCCCCCCGUUUUCGCGGGCUUCGUCGUGUGGAGCGCUGACGCGUCAAAGCGAGGUUGGUAACAAAGUGUUGUGAAUGAUCACCUCAACACUCUGUGAUGUCAUUCACUUGAAAAAUGCGGAUAUUACCAGGCUGCUGGGUAAGCGCCACUCUGCACCGCGGGAGGCCGCUGCGGUUCAAAUUCUUUCUGGUCCAACACUCAGGGUCUUUAACUGAGUAGAAAGUGUUGUCUUUGUAAAACGUCUGAAAACGGUUAGACUCUCUUGUUUUCUCGAAGAAGCCUUGACGAUAAACCCGUCUUACAACCCCUUGCACAUAUAAUAAAGUCUGUGGGACGUUAAAAACCCACACGUUGUUCGUGAAGAGUAGAGGAUGUGUUACCCGGUGUUGUCGUCCAUCUCAAAUUCACACUCACACAAGGGGUAUCAUUCAUUGUUACUCAAUACUUCAUUGCUGGUAAAGUGCACCAUACGCAGUCUGGAAAAGGUAAUUCCCUAAACAUUGUUGUAAAUUAUCCCUGAUAAGCCCAGCAGUAUGACCAUAGCAUGGUUCUAUUACCCCCACCUUGGUAUUUCGUAGCAUCCGCAAUUGUUCUCGAAAUUUUCAUUAUAUUGUUUGUCCUUUCUACAGUACGCAACCACGAACUGUUUUCCAAGAAGAAGAGGAGGAGGAGGAAGAUGAAGAAGAGGCUCAGAGAAAAAAGAUGAGAAUAUUGUAGUCUGUUGUACUGCAGUACCCGAGGAAUAUAUACCACAUACCGGGGACUGGGCCCGGCUCUAGAAAGAGGAGGAGUGAAGCCUAGGACCAAGUGGAAGAUGAGUAAGGAGAAUGCAGUGGUGUGGACAAGUCAUGUCUACAGUUCAGCGAAAAAACGUUGCAACUUCUGAAACUCAGUAGUAAAAACCACGAGAAAGAGUUUAACCUUAAACAAGAUUUGGCGAGAUAUUGCCGGCGUAUUGUUGUAAAAAAGAGACGAAGGGGUGACUCGGUUGGCUAUGAAUUUCGUAUGUUAGAAAGCGGGUUUACGAAGCCCACUUAAGCUAAAAAAUGCCCUACUCAAUGUUUCCCAAUAAUAGCCUUUUUUUUUGUUUAGGAUAUAUCUUAGAGGAUUUAAGAGGGUUUCGUGAAUCCGGUCCUAGACAAACUGGCAGUGUCUGUCUGUCUGUUAUUCGUAUCAGCUGCGAAGAGGCUUGCACCCAUGACCGUUCGUAAUAAAAUCGGAAAAUUCGUUUUGUUUGUUGUUACUGUCAAGACUUGGCCUUCCUGGCAGAGCAUCGAAACGUACUGGCCUGAAGUUAGAAUUUUUCUCGGGAGGUGCGCCUGAGUAAAGUGAAAGUGCGAAUAUCCGAUACUUCGGAGGUUCGAGUGACUACAGAGAUUUUUUCUAAAGGGUAUUGCAAGAAAUCUGAAAAAAAAAAUUACAAUAACGGGCUGGUAUGUGAAAAUAAGAAAAGGCUGACUUUUUGUUCGGAUCAGAAAGUUAACGCAUGACACCUGGUGUUCCGCUGAAACAAUGUUUUAUGUAAGUUAAACAGCUCGUGAAGCAAGAGGGAAAAUCGCUGCUACUUUUUAUUGUUUACUAAUUAUUUCCAACGGCUCUUCUAAUUGAUUGUUUCCCGACAACGAAAAAAAUAGCGAACGACUUCAUUCGCGCUUCUUACCGUCAUCGUUGAUGUCUUUUACUACUGAGUAAUAUUUUUAUGUUCCUUUACAAGACCAGUUAACUUCUGCUUAAACUAGGUUUUUCUCUAUAAUGAACUGUCUGAAAUUCUUUGCCCUCCCCCUAUUUUCUCCCUAGGCCAGCGUCCCUCUCGAAUAAGCGCCCCUCCCCCUCACUUUGUUAAAUAGUAGGGAUGCAAGGAAAACCUCUUCAAAUUUUUUCUUACAUGUUUUGAGCGUCAACUUCAACAUUCAUACCGAUAAAUCUGUGUGUAUAAGUAUACAAAGGGACUAUAAUGUUGUAGUUUUUGUUUUUCUACUAAAUAUUUAGCCAAAAUAAAGCUAC